AUGUCGCGCCGCGUGGUCGCGGCUUCCGCCAGCGGCGACAGCCGGAGUCGAAGCCCGAGCGCUCGCAGCAGCGCUCAAGGCGUACAGACUGCGCAGGGCGCGCAAAGCGCUCAGAGCGGUCCCCCUGCCGCGGGAACUCCGCUGCUCGGCGGCCUGGGGCGGAACGGCGAGCGCGCGGAGGUUUAUCCGCGUGCGGCUUUUGUGGGCGAGUGUGCGGAACGGCAAGUUCCGCCAGAGCAGACGGAGAUGGAAGAGGUGCUUGGCGCGUCUGGUGCGGGGGGCGGCGGGCGGAACGGCGGAACUCCCUCCCAGACGCUUGCGCGGAUCACGGCGCUGUACGGGGCGAGGCAGCUUGCGACGGACGCGCCGCGGCUGCUACAAUCAACGUCUGCUCACGGAGACGAAAUCGCGACGGCAGCAGCUGCGGAGGAGGCGGAAGUCCACGGACGGUUCGGCGAGGAGGGCGCGGAGGGCGCGGAAAGCGGAACGUACGAGGGCCUGCUGGAAGCGGUGAUUCGCGCGCGACCGGCGCCGGCGGAAGCGCAGGAAGGAGGCGGAAGCGGUGCUACUUGUACGCGCGGCGGAGCGGCGGAGAAGGGAGGGAUUAGGUUGGCGGAGAUCGCGCCGUGGGGAAACUCCGCGUCGACGGAAGCAUCUUUAGCGGAGCUUGAGGCGUCAAUAUCCGCGCUACAAGCAUCCCUGCUACUACAGCAACAGCAACACCAGCCGCAGCGGAAGGAACAACCGGCGCAGCCGCAGCAAGAGGGACAAAAGCGGGAGGACGGGGCGAGCGGAGAAUGGUAUUCCGCGCAAGUUGACAGCAAGGGGAACGACAGGGCGGAACAAUUCGGCGAAACCCUAGACUCGGAGAUGAAAACCUCGCUUGUCGGGGGAUCCAAUUCGCAAAACGGAAAGUCCCGUUUGAGUUCCCAGUUCCCAGUUCCCAACUCGCAAUCAGAAGGCGGAAAUUUCGACCCCCAGUUCGAAUCAGUCACCUUGAGAACAUUCGCCGCCUGGUCGGACGUGCAUUGCGGCGCUUUCGCCGGCGGCGGCGCGCGCGGAAAUGCGGCGGCGGAAACUGCGCAACCCGCGGAAACGGCAGUCGCUGCGCGGCCGCUGCGGCUGCUCUCCGCGGUGGACCCGAAUCAAGAGGCAAUGGUCGCGCUCGCCGCUUCCGCGCCCCCCCCAGUCGAUGACAAUGUGCGCGGAGAUGUGGCGGAAGCCGCGCGUCCUUUCCGCAGCCGCCUGCUCUCCGCGGUGGACCCGAAUCAAGAGGCAAUGGUCGCGCUCGCCGCUUCCGCAUCCCCCCCUGGCGCGCCCCUCGCCAUUCCGCUGCUGCAGCCCAACCCCUUCCCCGCGAGCUUCGGCGCCGCCAGCGCCGCGCUGCGCGCGCGGAAAAGCGGCAGCGAAUCCGCGGCGCGCGCGGCUGCUGACACCUCCGCGGCGGCGGAUCCGCACAGUCGGAGCUUCGCCCGCGCCCACAGGAAGUCCUGGAUGUACCAGCACCGCUCUUCCCUCUCCACACCUGCUCCCAACGUUCACGUUGCAGCGCCCAAGCCGCCCUUCCGCCCAAGUGCAACGUUCAGAAGAAUGCACGGUGUGUGGGGCACAAGGGGUUGA